AUGGUGUUCAGUAUUUGGCAAUGGCCAGUUCUAGCCAGGUCUCCAAGAUUUACCAAGGGAAUAGCACAGUCUCUUUCUUGGAGUUGCAAAGCAUCCCGACCAGUAGAGCAAAUGCGUUGGUCUGCUUUCGCCAGCGAUGGCGUGCAAUAUUUGGUAGUUGCCAAUUUCAAUGCCAAUUCCGUAGUCUACACGUGGGAUGGCGCGAGUGGAUUCUUCAAGGAAUUCCAGAGUCUCCCAACCAGUUCUGCAAUAGAUUUGUCAGUUUUUUUUAUCGAAGGGCUGUGUCACAUGGCGGUUGCUAGUUACUAUGCAUCCUCGGCCAUUUACGAACUCCGCUCAUCCACCACCACUACCACCUACACCCCCACAAGAACGUUGACCAUUUCCACCAUCACUACCAGCACAAGAACGUUGACCAUUUCCACCACCACGACCACCUACACCCGGACAAGAACGUCGUCCAGCAGCAGCACCACCAGCGUCACCUCGACAACUUCCACUACCACCUGGACUAGUACCACUCGCACGGAGGCUCCGUCUGAGCUGGAAGUGGCUCAGUUUGGCUUCGUGGACGUAGGAGUUUGGUCGCUAGCUGUGCUCGGUGGCUACUUGGUGGUUUUGCUGGCGAUCCUUCUGAUGAUCAAGCUGCUGACCAGCACAGAUUCCCCAAAUCGUCAAGCUGCAGAGGGAGCUCAAUCCCUUGGAGUUCCACAGGAACAAAGAGAUGCUGAGCAUGCACCGCUUCCACUGGCAGCUGGCGCAGAUACAUCUGCGUCAGAUCCGACGGCGUCGGAUGUGACGCCACAGGUAGAGCCAGCAAGAGCAAGGCGACCAGAUCCAGUUUCAUCGGAAUACAUUGAAUCCAUGCCACUGUCCCGGAGAAUGAAAAGGUCUUCUCGGAUGCUGGCAAUCAGCAUGUUGCUGGAGUCGGGCAAUCUCAUCUCCACGAUGAUCUACGCCUUGGAAGCCCACCAGCGCCACACUCUCAUGAGUUUUUCGGUGCCAUGUGGUGCGCCACGCAUCUUGAUGCCUUUGCGGAGCUGGGAGUGUCCUUCGAUGACGGAGACACUGGCCCUGCCGCUGUGCCAGGCAAGUUUGAGCGUCAACACACUGUGCGAAGCAGAUGCAGAGGUCCAAGCGUCCGACUCCGACUGCCGGGUCGCGAAUCAGUUAAACAAUUGUGAGCGCUACGACGUCUACAAGCUGGAGAAUCCAGCUUGUGCGGUGGUCGGCUGCACUCGUCUCGGCAACUUCCUUUGGAUAUUUGCCGUUCUAUCCUUCGGCGCCACGAUCGGCUGGACAGCAACGUUUUACACCCAACGGAUCUGGAAGUUUUACCCACUGGAGGGCGAACGAUUGCGGUGGCAUUUUGCUGCUCUGUUCACAUCUCUGCUUGUCUUGGUGACAGCCAUUGUCAUCGUGGGGAGUGUUGGCGGCACUGGCGCUGUCUUGGCCAUGGUUUUGCUGUGCCCUAUGCUUCCAAUUUGUGCCUGGAUGCUUGCAGGAGGGGUUGCUUUCUUACCGAUCGGCGGCGAUGAGGCCGUUGUCAGCCAAUCCGCGGCCAUGGAGAUUCCGCUCUUCAACGCGCUCGUCGCGCUGCAGUUGCCCGAGGAUGAGGUCGAAGAUCUACACCGCUUCCGGGAGCCACUGAAUGUGGGUCGAGUGGUGGAGGAUGCCCCCCCGAACUCCUCAUAG